AGUUUUAUGGGUCCCAGUCACCCCAUCUUGUGGGUCAAAUCAAAGCCGGCCAGUCCUUUGGAAAAACAGAAAACAGAAAACAGAUCUAUGGCGAUAUCAAACAACGAAGAUUUAGGUGUAGGGAGUGUUGGUGUGUGUGUGGGAGUGUCUAUCUACAACUACUGUGAUGGGUGGACACUGUGACUUGUUUAUCUUCACUAAUCACCACCAUUGACCCACCUAAACUCAGCUAAUCUAUCAGUAUAAAUACACCCACAAUUGAAACAAAUCGCUUCCAGUGACCCAGAAAAACUAAGCUCGGCUAAUCUAUUAAUACACCCACAAUUGAAACAAACCCAUUUACUUGUUUUUGUUUAUAUCAAAGCAUUGAUUUUAGAGUGAAAAAAUGCCUCACGGUGGAGAGUUUGAAGGAAAUGUCAAUGUUGGAUCACAAGAAGGAAAUUAUAGUCCCAAGGAUGAGCGAAGAAAGCCGCCUCGGCCUGAUUUGAGGAGUGUAGUAUCAGAGAUAAUGAAGUUACAAUCUGACCGAUGUUCUGAGACUGCAGUAGAGCGCUUAAUUUCUGGAUAUACAGAUAAGAAAGUUGAAUCAGCACUGGCAGAACAAAAUCAUCCGUGUAACAAGAAAUGGGACUCUGGGAAUGAGAUACAGCUUUCUAAAUCAAGAAGCUUACAACUACGAUUCUUAAACAAACUCUCUCAACCGGUAUUGACCGGAAAAAAAAUUAAAGGAGAGGAGUAUACCUCCAUUGGAGUAGCUUUAGUUGAUGGUCUUACAGGACAAGUCGUUAACGCGGGCCCUGAAGCCUCAGCAAAGGUGCAAAUAGUAGUUCUUGACAUGGAUGUCAAUGGUUGUGAAGGAGAUAAUUGGACACCUGAAGAAUUCAAGAAUAAGAUUGUUGGCGAAAGGGAAGGACAAAAACAACUUCUUAUGGGAGAUGUUUACCUUAAUCUUAAAGAAGGCUGUGGUUUAAUAGGUAACAUUUACUUUAAGCAUACCAAAUGCUGGAUGACAAAGAAAGAAUUCAGGCUAGGUGCAAGAAUCGUGGGUGGUUUUGAUGGAAUUGAAGUAAGAGAAGCAUGGACAGAGCCUUUCAUUGUUGAGGAUUCACGUGGAAAAUUGUAUCAGAAGCACCACCCUCCAGCUCUAUCUGAUCCAGUCUGGAGAUUAGAAAAGAUUGGUAAAGAUGGUGCUUUCCAUAAGCGUUUGACAGAAGAUGACAUUAAAACUGUGAAGGAUUUUGUGACUCUACUCAAUAUAGACCCUGAGAGGUUAAAAAAGAUCCUUGGUGUGAGGAUGUCUGCUAAGAUGUGGGACGUGACAGUGGACCAUGCCCGAACAUGUAUACUUGAUAAGAGGGCAUAUUUGUACUGUCCUCCCUGCCCUCAACAAAAAACUACUGUUGUUUUUAACGUAGUGGGACAAUUGAUUGGGCUUCUUAUGGAACAACAACUCAUUUCUGUGGAUAAGCUGUCUCUGACUGAAAAGGAUUAUGCCCACAAGUUGGUAGUAUCAGCAUUUCAACAUUGGGAGCAAGUUGUACCUGUUGAUGAUGAGGCAUCUCUUACGAUGGGCUCUCAACAGUUAGCAAAUGCUCUCCACCCCUCAAACUUGACCACGCCAGAGAGUAUAGAUAGUUGUAAUUUUGACACUCCCGAUAUGUAUGGCAAUGCACGGCAAUGUACCGCAGACAUCAUUUCACUUGGGGUUGCUAAUACUUUGGACGACAUUGGCUUGAUUGGUGUUGAAGAACUGGAUUAUAUAAGUCGCCAACCUUUUUGUUUACAAGGCGAAAUCCCUGACUCCAGGAUCUGUGGCCAGGAUUCUGUGACGCAAAAUAUCAACUACGAGCCUGAGAACUUGUUUUGGAGCAUCGGGGAAGAGGGUAUUGAUGAUAUCAAUAAUAGAUAUGAACAACCUUUGAGUUUCGCAAGCCAAGUCACCAGCCCCCUAUUCUGUGAUACAGACACCAUGAUUCAGGCCUUCUACGAGAAUGAGCUUUUGCAGUUUUCUGAUAAUCAUCGUUCCCUUCAAUGUAACAACACAACCUUGCAAUCACAGGGUGAUCCACACAAUGCUGUCAAUGACAUUCAAUUUGCACGUUCUGUGGCUGUUACCAAACAUAAAGCUCAGAGAAGAAACUUUUCUAAAAAUAGUGCUAAGCGGAGAUGGAGAAUGUUGUUCAGCAUAAUGAGGUGGUUCUCGGUGAGGAGGAAUGUCACCAAGAAAAACCCUUUUGAAGAAAUUAAUGAACUCUCAAUUGCCCCUUCUCGAGCUAUUAAUCCAUCAAUUUGUGCUAUUGAAGCUGUGAAUAGCUCCAAUGAUCAUUUGGAAUCACAGGCCAACCUACACAGUGCUGUCAAUGACAUUCUGUUGGCUCGUUCUGCAGCUGUUGCCAAAAACAAAGCUCAGAGACCAUACUUAUCAAAAAGAGAGAAGGCUCAGAGAAGAUGGAGGGUUUUAUUCAGCUUAAUGAGAUGGUUCUCAGUGAAGAGGAAUGUGGCUGGAAAAACCCGAGUUAGAGAAAUACCAAAGAACCUUAGUGCCUCUUCUAUCAUUCGAUGUUCCAAUCAUGAUGGUUUUCAGAGUACUGGCUAUAUGGAACAUGGAUACAAACAGGCUUGGACUUUCCCUAGUAACGUCACCAAAUCCAUGACUGGGGCCUUCUGCGAGGACAAGCAUCUGAGGGUUUUGGAUACUCAUCGUGCAGUCCAAUCUCAGAAGUCUGAUUUGGAUCCACUGGCCAAUGUAGACAGUGCUGUCGAUUACAGUCCAUUGGCUCAUUCUUCAGCUGUUGGCAUGAGUAAAUGUAAAACUCACCGAAGGUACUUACUAAAAAGAAGUACAGCUCAGAAAAGAUGGCGAAUGCUAUUCAGCGUAGCGAGAUGGUUCUCCGUGAAAAGGAACGUGGCCAGGAAAACCUCCAUCGAAGAUAUCCCAUUCAAACUGAGUUCCUCGUCUCAAGAUAUCAUGCCAUUCAUCUCUUCCAUGGGGAAUAUGAAUAGCUUCAAUAGUGAUGGCUUGCAAAGCACCGGCGACACAAGCAACCCAAAUCAUGGAUAUGAACAAUCUAUGCCAGGCAAUCUCACCAACUCCCCAAUCUGUGACACAGAGUGCAGGACUCAGGGAUUCUGUCAGGAUGAACAUCUACAGGUUUUCAAUACCCAUUGUUCACUCCGAUCUCAGAACCCAAAUCUGGAAUCACAGGCCACCCUACAUGACACUGUCAAUGACAUUUUAUUGGCUCGUUCAACCACAGCUGCCAUGAAUAAAGCUCAGAGAAGGUACUUAUCGAAAAAGUACGAAGCUCGGAGAAGAUGGAAAAUCUUAUUCAGUGUUGUGAGGUGGUUCUCAGUGAGAAGGAAUGUGGCCAAGAAAGGCCGUGCCCUAGAUGUGCAGAGGUACUGAUAAUGGGCAGCUUGAAUCAGCAUUGUUUGCACUUGGACUGGGGUAAGUUGGACUGUCCUAAUUAGAUGUCAGGGUAGUUUGGUAAUUAUGUCUUGUUACUACUGUGCUGGAUGGAGAACAAUAGCUAGCGAAAUACAGCAAGUCUGGAUACUCAGAAAAUGGGACCAGAUUUUUGCCCAGAAUUUCGUUGUGUGGUGGAGAUUGAUUUGGUGUAUGAAUCUAGACCGCAUAUUGAUAUUUCAGGGUAAAAAUUCAGGGUAUGUAGUAUUACUAAUCAAAAUAAAUUGUAAGCUUGAUUAGUGUCACUUAGGUGAGUUGGUGAAGUCUCUUAGUUGUCUUGCUAGGUGCUAUGGAUCAUAUCACACCUUCAUCUGGCUGGAGGGGGGACUGUAUAAAGCUUAUUGGCUAUCUGUUUGAUUGUCAUUGGAACAUGUUAUUAAACCAUUUAUUUUAGCAAAUUUCUUCUGAAUUA